AUGCCUACUACCUUCUCAACACCUCUCGAGACUGUGAUCCCACGAAUCAAGACGCCUCCCUAUCUCAUAGUGAAGCCAUCAGUUAAGUUUAUCGACCUCCGACCUUACUCGGAAGCCAAGCCGACCAUCAUGCUAUUCACCGACGGCGUUGACUGCCUGAUCGAUGGAUAUUUCAACUUCACCCUAGGAGAAAACAGUGGAGGCAACCCUAAAUUGUUGUCGCUCUCCUGCAGGACGGGAUCGACCCGUCCCGACGGAAAUAAGGCUGUCGAUGUGCUGGCGAACCUUGUAGGUGGUAUGGACGUGUAA